AUGAUGAAGGGCAGAUAUGUAGGCAGGAUCCCCUCUGCAGAGCGGUGGAAAGCACUGCAGCUGCACUUCACAUGCACAUGCAUAUUAGGAAAAAGCAAGAGGAGAGAGAGAGAAAGAGAGAGAGAGAGAGGAAGAGGAAUGGGCGGGGUGAAGCGGGAGGUGGGGCUUUUGGGGGUAACAAACGCCCCCUCUGAUACUUUAAUAUUCAAGCAGCUUCAACCCAGAGGCUGGCAGGCAUCAGCACGGAGACAAGUUGACGGCGACAAGACGCAGUUCAUUCAUUUUUACACCAGCAGGCAUGCUUCAUGGAGCCACAAACACUCCUCCCACCCCGUGGACACAGAGUUGUGUCACUUUUCUCGGUGUGUUUCUGAACUUUUCACCGUUACACCGCUAUGGACCCGCUAUGGACGGACACCGGCGCUCCGGUACGGCAUGCAAAUACGUACUCUGACGUCGGCGAUCAUGUGGCUUUUGGCGUAG